GAUUGGGCAAAGACGACCAUCCAGCAAAUGCUCGACGACGAACUUUCUCUUCCCUUCCGAGAGCCUGUCAACCCCGUCGAGCUCGGGCUGGAUGACUACUGGGAGGUGAUAAAGAACCCCAUGGACUUGGGAACGAUCAGCAAGGGGCUCAAGAGGAGGAGAUACUCGUCCCUUGCCCAGGUGGUAGAGGACACGGUGCUAGUGUUUGAAAACGCGAUGCUCUACAACAACCGAUCAGACCCAGUG